GCCGGAGAACCAGCCGCAACCUGCUCAUAUCAGCCCGACAUUCACUUCGGAGCCGCUGGGUGCUUUUACAGUCGCAGUUUCCACGCUGUUGGUGUCUACAGAGCCGGACUGAGUAGGGAAAGACAGGUGAAACGCCCCCGGAGAGCCCCUUAACUCGGGGUUGAACACCUUACCCCUCCCCUCCCCGGUGACACCCGCCUGGCCAAAGAGCAACGCAGCGAGCAUGGAGAACCUGCACCCCCACUGCCUUAAAUGCAUCAAUCGAAGAUGCAUGGUCAGACCAGAGACGGGCGUUUCCUGCGACCUCAUCGGCUGCCCUCUCGUGUGCGGGGCCGUUUUUCACUCGUGCAAACUCGAGGAGCACCGGCUGCUGUGUCCCUACGAGCGGCUGCCCUGCCUCAACAGCGGCUUCGGCUGCCCCUUCAUGAUUCCAAGGAUCAAGAUGGCGCAGCACCUGGAGACGUGCCCUGCGAGCAUCGUGUGCUGCACCAUGGAGUGGAACCGCUGGCCAGUGACCUACGCCGACUACAAGUCCUACGAAAACUUGAGCAAAGACUUUGACGAGGUGGAGCAGCUCGAUAUGGCCUUGGCCCUGCAGGAUCAGAGGAUGCUGCUGGAGUCCCUGAAGGUCACGACGACCGUGUCAAAGAACGGAGAUAAAGAGGUGGACGAAGGUGAGAAAAUGGCCACGGCGUCAGGUUUAACGGAGACGGUAUUAAUGGGUAACGGGACGGUGGAGAUGGAGGAGGAGACGUAUAACGAGCUGUGUAGAGCUUCGGCGGAGACCAGAAGGAGUUUAGCUGCCGCCUUGGACAUCCUCACUAAUUCCAAGGACAUCGACGUAAUUGUUGUAAAUUUGAACGGUGAAAAGAUCGAUAAGAACGGAGCGCUCCACAACGGAGAAAACGGCGAUAGUCACAGUGUGUAUGGCGCAGAGGGUGGGAAGAAUGUGGACAUGCAGGGGAGCGACUCUGACUCGGAGUCCGAGCUGGGAGCAGUGGGCGGAGUGGACUGCGCUGUGGGUACAGACGCAGAGGAAGACGGGAGUAACUGGGCAGAAGACAAUGACUUUGUGGAGUUGUUGUUUGACGAGAAGGAAAACACGGUGGACGACCCGAUCAAUGAUUCCAACCCGGCGUGGCCGGAGGUGCCUCAGAAUUACAUGCCCGUUGUAGCGUUGGAGCCGCCCGUGCCUCAGCAAGCGCCUCUUCCACGUCCGAUCCCAUUCCUGCUCUCCGAUCACGUGAGGAACAACUUCCUGCAGCACUUGCCUCCCGAACUCAGGUACAGGUGUUGGGAGCGGAAACUACAGAAUGUAAAAGUGCUCAGUGCAAUGCUGCUGUCUGACCCGUUCCCCUUUCGAGCGAAGAUGGAGGACAAGGCGGUGGACACGUCUGACCUGGAGGUGGCGGACGACCCCAUGGGGCUCCACGGCAUCGAUCUCAUCACCGCAGCUUUGCUCUUUUGCCUCGGGGAUUCCCCGGGAGGCAGGGGAAUCUCCGACAGCAGGUUCGUCGACGGCUUCCACAUCGACUUCGGUACGCAGACGUUCUCCUUCCCGUCAGCCAUCCUCGCAACCAACACCAUGGUGGGGGACAUCGCCUCCGCGUCGGCCUGCGACCACGCCAGCCCGCAGCUCUCCAACCCCAGCCCCUUCCACACGCUCAGGCUGGACCUGGUGCUGGAGUGCGUGGCCCGAUACCAAACCAAGCAGCGCUCCAUGUUCACGUUCGUGUGCGGACAGCUGUUCCGGCGGGACGAGUUCUCGUCCCACUUCAAAAACGUCCACGGGGACAUCCACGCCGGGCUCAACGGCUGGAUGGAGCAGCGCUGCCCGCUGGCCUACUACGGCUGCACCUACUCCCAAAGACGCUUCUGCCCGUCCGUGCAGGGCUUCCGGAUCAUCCACGACCGGCACCUCGGCUCUUUCGGGGUGCAGCCGGGUUUACCCCUAAAGACAGGCGACGGCCCCCCGAGAAAGACCUGCCGCUUCGGCGCCCAGUGCGACCAGCUCAGCAGCCUUCCGUUUGAGGUGCUGCAGCACAUAGCGAGCUUUCUGGACAGCUUCAGCCUGUGCCAGCUCUCCAGAGUGUCGCGCACCAUGAGAGACGUGUGCGCCAGCCUGCUGCAGAUGCGUGGCAUGGUGGUGCUGCUGUGGGAGAAGAGGCGGCGGGCCGAUGGCUCCCCUUCAUGGCAGAUCACAGACAAGGUGUGGCGCUUCAGCACGGCCUUCGGUACGGUGAACGAGUGGAAGUUCGCCAACAUCGCCAGCAUGGCCGACCACCUCAAGAAGUGCAAGUUCAACACCGUCGCCCGCCGGGAGGAGGCCAUCCCCCUGCCCUGCAUGUGUUUCACCAGAGAGCUCACCAAAGAGGGCCGGUGCUUACGGUCGGUCCUCAAACCGGUAGCAUGAACUCUGCGCUCGUCUUCUGGACAUUCUCCGAGACCACAAGCACUCGAACGUGUGUGUUUCCCUCCACUGUUUACAGACAGCAGUCUCUCCAGGCCUCAAACAGAAAACGUGUUGUUUCUGAAACUGCUGCUUGUUCUGCGCUUCACUGUGUUGUUGGUUAUGAUCACAGGUUGUGGAGUUCGUAAUCACUGCGUUCAGAAUACACACACACACACGGUGGAUUCUAAGUUUUUUUUUUUUCUUUUUAUACUUUCACUCAGACGCAGUACGGAUUUAGUGUGUGCACGUGGGGUUCCCAUUACAUCAGAUUUUUUUUUUUUUUUAUUGUGUUCUUUUAUGUUUAUGUUGCUCAAAUAAACAAAUUACAAGAAGAGUAAAAACCACUUUAAGUAAUGAUGGUGUAACUGGUUGUACACACUCCCUGAAACUUUACUGACAAGGCGUCAAUCCAGCAUCAGCUAAAAUGCCUUUAACUUAAAGAGCAAAUAUGAGUUUCUGUGCUGAUAGCAGCACCUCGCUAAACCGAUGGCCGUGAUUAUUUUAGUUUUCUGCUCAGGCGAGAUCUCGGCGAUGUGUGCCACGUCUGUUAAAUGGAGCCUCUAUCCUCAGUUGGACGGAUCGAGGAGUUUUACCCUCCUAGCAGCUCCUUUUGAGAGAGGGCUGUUUUUAGUCUAAAUCACAAAAUGUUAUCUUUAAAUAUCAAUACAUUCAACAUUUCUUUUUUUAAUUAUGACUGGCCAUCAGGUUUAAAAUUUUGACAAUAUCAAGCAUCAGACUUGCUAAUAUGCGACAAUAAGAAGCUAAAGUUUCAGACUGCAGUGUAAAUGUGGACGAAGCACAUGUUGUGAUUAAUGCACCAGCAAGUAAAUUUGCACAUGCAGUUUGAUAUAAAUCCUUUUACAUGCACUGUGAUCUGUUGGUGGAUUCUCAUCUGUUUAUAACAGAUACACUGAUUUUCGUCCCACUUAUAUCCCUCAAACUUAACCUCUUUAAUCUACAAAUACCAAAUUGAGAAACGACGUCCCAAAUUCCAGCUGGCGCUCCGAUAAGCACACCGAACGGAUUCACUUCUACCAGAGUACUGAAGUUUUUACCCUGUGUAAAUAAUCAGGUGUUUUUUGAUGUGAAAAGUUUUUAUUUUUGAUACCAAAAAGUCAGUACUGUGCUACACUGGCAGUGAGAGUCGAGCCUUAACUUGAAGAUACACUUGACUAAAUAUUCAUGAGUUUCUUGGUGGAUGUUCUCGUUAUGUCCCGAAACCCAGAGUGGCCAAACUGCUGUAGCUCCGAAACGUCGCCCUGGCUGUGGAAGACUGACCGAGCUGCUGUGCCAUGUGUGUAACGGAGGGGAUCCCUUCUCCCUUUUUUUUCUACUCUCAAUAACUCAAUCCAGCAGCGUAACAGCACAUUAAAUAUCCCCCCCCCCCCCGUUUCCCAGGAAUAAAUCUAUGUAGCAAGUAGGAAGAUGAAUGUAUUCAGUGAAGACAUCAGAUUGUGGUCCAUGAACAGGAAGCUUUGUUUCCUUCCCCCUCUCUGUCGGACCUCAUUAAAAAAAAAAAAAAAAAAAAAAAAACCCUGCAGGUCAGGUUUAAGGAAAUAAAACACACACACACACACACACACCCUAAAACAUCGCUAACCCUCCACAUAAUUUAUCACGGGUGUUUGUUUGUGUAUUUUUUCCUAACACACUGUGUUUGUUCGCCGUGUCUCAGGGUCGUAGCGCGAGGCAGUAAAUCUGAAACCGAAGAGAAAAAAAGCACAAGUCGAUCAUUUCGGGGGGUCCGGCUCAGUCUGACUCAGUAUUAAAAUAAACGUGUGUGUUGCAGUGUUGGAAUAACAAAGCGGUAUUAAGGUGCGUGUUCACAACUGAGAUGAGAUUUUUCAGGCUUCUUUUCCAGAAAAAAAAAAAACAAGUUUUGUUCAGGAUGUCACUAAAGGACUUAGCAGGACGUGAACAUGACGUUUCAUGUUGAACAAAGUGUAACUGAAAACUAACCUCAUGAGAACACGGAUAUUCCUUUGAGGAGAAGUGUGUUUUUGUUUUGUUUUUUUUAAUUCAUGGAGUUUGACGUAAAGCCCAAGGUCAAUCAAAACUAAGCUGUUUUUAUUCUAAUAACUCCAUAUCUUUUUUUCUUUUUUUUACUUUUGUACACAGACUUUGUUCUGAGGAAGUUAUUUGUUUGGUCUCAGUUUGAAUUUCUGAUUUGCACAUGAAGGCAUGUACUGUAAAGGAAAUGAUUUCUCAUUGUUGAUUUCACCCUGUCAUGUUCUGCAUGUUGGUUUGAAAAAAAAAAAAAACUCCUUCAGUCUCCAGUUGCAGGCUGAUUUAUU